CCAGAUCUCGACGACAAAAUGUCGAAUGAGAAACCCGGUCCGCUGCGAUCCAUAAUAGCGGGCGCCACGGCCGGCGCGAUAGAAAUCGCAAUCACAUACCCGGCCGAAUUUGCUAAGACAAGAACACAGCUUAAUAGAAGAUUAGCGGAUGGCCAGAAACUCCCGUGGCCGCCCUUUGGCAAGCAAUGGUACGCCGGCUGCACCACCCUGAUCAUAGGCAACUCUGCCAAAGCAGCCAUUCGAUUCGUCUCCUUCGAACAGUAUAAGCGCCUACUUGCCGACGAGAAUGGCAAAGUUUCCGGUCCUAGAAACGUCAUCGCCGGUUUCGGCGCCGGUGUCACGGAGUCGCUCCUCGCCGUCACACCUACCGAAUCUAUUAAGACGACAUUGAUCGAUGAUCGCAAGUCGGCCAAGCCUCGAAUGCGCGGAUUCUUACACGCCGUCCCGAUUAUUGCGAGAGAACGAGGAAUCCGCGGGUUCUUUCAAGGUCUCGUGCCUACGACCGCUAGACAAUCGGCCAAUAGCGCUGUGCGAUUCGGUUCAUACACAAGUCUCAAGCAACUCGCCGAGUCAUAUACUGCGCCCGGCGAGAAACUCGGAACGGUCGCGACAUUCGGUAUAGGGAGUGUAGCAGGUGCCAUUACCGUGGCUGUCACCCAACCUCUCGACACGAUCAAGACGAGGAUGCAAAGUAUCGAGGCAAAACAAGUCUAUGGCAAUAGUUUCCGAUGCGCGACCUUGAUAUUCAAGCAUGAAGGUGUCUUGACCUUCUGGAGCGGAGCGUUGCCUAGAUUAGCGCGACUGGUUUUGAGCGGAGGCAUCGUCUUUUCCAUGUACGAGAAGAGCAUGGAAGUUAUGCGGGCGCUGGAUCCGGAAAACAAAUACUUAUAGAUAUAAAUAUCGGUAAAAGUUUAUUAGACGGCUGCCAAAUACCCAGUACCUAGCAAUCGGGGGCGAUAUGACCGGAAUGGCGUUCCUCUUCUUCGGAUAGGGGUGGGUUGUAUGAUUACGUUCGAACUUCGCUAGAGGAAUUCAAAGCCUCUCGCCCAUAGAUUUGAUCGUGAGGCUACUGUUUAUGUACCUAGUACCUAGUCUGACCUUCGUACUAGAGCCUUGUGGCUGU